CUCCGGUUGACGUUUCCAACGUCACCAGGGGGGCGCGAAGCGGGCGUGUAGCUACCGCGUACCGCCGGCGGCGGUCGCAUCAAGCACAAGGUGUUUGUCACCGGGGGACCAAGCUCGAUCCGCUUGGAGCACGUGUGUAAUCCAGCUACAACACCAACUCACAUCCCCCUCGUCACGGGAGCAGUGGCUACAAACAAGGGAGGCAACUCAUGCCGACGUAUACAAUACGUUUGCUGGGUCAAAUCUUGGGCCAUAGCAUCCUUGCGCGACUGAAGCAGGUCCUUGGGGAAGGUUGUCAUGCCACGGGCAACAACCAUCCCCCCUCAACUCGAUCAAACUCGUUGUUGGUAUGUGAUUGGCUAAAAUAUGUACAAUUUCUAGAUAUCAGCCAGUGAGUCCAUUUGAUCAUGACGAUCCGCGGCGCCACGACCGUGUUCCGCGAUGGCGUGUUCGACGGGAGAGUGGUGAGCGCAGAUGGGGAAGGCUCGUUCUCGCUACGGCUAACGCUGUCGUGCAGGCUGUAGUCACAGGAGGCGGUACGGGCAUUGGAAAAACCAUUGCGCAUGAACUGUGCCUCCUUGGGUGCUCCGUGGUGCUAGCGUCACGAACACUGGAGAUGUUGGUGGCGGCAGCGGACGAGAUCAAGGCGCAGUUGCCGACUAAACACUCGUCACGGUCGAACGUUGUCGUGCCCAUUGCUUGCGACGUCCGCGACGAAGGUCAAGUCAAACGGCUCUUCGAACGAGUCAUGAGCGUCUUCCACCGAGUCGACUACGUCGUGAACAAUGCCGGUGGCCAAUUUGUGUCUCCAUUUGAAAACUUGUCCCUGAAUGGAUGGAACGCGGUGCAUCGCCUAAACAGCACUGGCACAUUCCUCGUGACAAAGUACGCAUUUGAAGCGUAUUUGAAAGACCAUGGAGGCGCGAUCGUCAACGUCCUGGUCGCGAUGGACAAGGGAUUUCCGUACGCCAGCCACAGCGGCGCCUCUCGCGCAGCCGUCGAAAACUUGACCAAGUCCCUCGCGUACGAAUGGGCGAGCCGCGGCAUCCGCGUCAACGCGGUGACUCCGGGCACGAUUGAAAGCUCGGGGCUCAAGAACUACGGUCCCGUCGCGCAACAAGUGUGCGAAUCGUACUCGGCGAACACACCAGCCCGUCGCCUGGGUACUGUCGAAGAAGUGUCGGCUGCCGUUGUGUUCCUCCUGUCGCCCGCAGCCGCCUACACGACCGGAACGAAUGCCCUCGUGGACGGUGGGUGGAACCUAGCAGGCGCCCUGGUCCCGCUCCCACAGCACAUCCGGUACCCCGUGUACGGGGCGAGUAAGUUGUAAGCAUCGAAUAACCUGCUUGGACGCCGUGUGUGCGGAAGGAGCGGUGCCUAUUUGCAACGAAUGGCAACCAAUGCAUGGC